AAUCACCCUCACCCUCACUUCUUGACAUCUCUCACCAUUCAUCCUACUUCCCCAUCAUGCCCAUUACUCUCAAGACAUCCAAUGUCCCGCCCGAGCCUUGGAUCUCCACCAAAGCGGACAACGCCGAGCAGCUCUUCCAACAGACAUGUCCCAAGCUCUUCGAAAAGAGUGACAGGAUCCUACAAAGCUCAUUCCCAGAAUUACCCCGUCACAUCACCCCAGACGAGAACGGGUUCGUUCGCGCGGUGUGGAAGGCCUAUUCCAACCACCACCAUCUAGUCCUACGACCCGACGACAUCUGGUUCGCAAUCCUAGUACAACUAAGCUUCUACAUCAACGCCAACGCCGAAACCCUUCGCUCGCAAUUCGUCGCACACCACGACCAAAAGCAACUGACAGUCAGCGCCGGAGGAAACAUCCACACCGUCAAUGUAGGAUUACUAGCGAUCCAGAUGACCAACCUGAUCAAGCAAAAUGUCAUAGACCUGGAACUUCACGCUUGGAUCAUGCCCUCCUUCACCACGACCACGCAAUCCGACGAGAUCGUGGCCGCGGUCCUGAUGAUGGGCACGUUUCAAAAGUACUUUGACUACACCAUGGUAUUGCUGUGUGGGAUUCCCACGGUGACGUUACUGGGCGAGCGGGAGGACUGGGUCGCGCUUCUGGCGAAGCUCGAGAGGAUUCCAUCGUUGGGAACCCAGCCGGCUCGAUUUGCGGGCCUCCUAAAGCCGAUUCUGGAGAAGUUUGUCGAGUCCUUCGAUCAGCCGGAUUCUCCGGAGCUGUUUGACUUUUGGAAUAAUUGCGUGCAUCAUGAAAGUGGUAGUGGAGUGAGCUCUCUCUCUGGAUGGAUUAUUGAGUUUUGUUUCUGGAAUGAAGAUGGAGAUCUUAUCCAUAGGAGUCCGCCGUCGUUAGAUGGGUGGGGUGUGCAGGCUGUGUCGAUUGACACGGAUGUUAUCCCAUCUGGCAUGACUAGUGUUCCGGUUCUGCUUAAUGAUAACGGUAACCAGCUCCGUACUCGGAUGGUGGCUGGCUUGGUGGGAAUCGAAGCGAUGUCUGGCCCGGAUUCGAAUCAGUCGGCUUUGGACUCCAUUCGUCCUUACUCUGGAUGGUGGAUGUUUGAAGAGGGUGGUAAACAGUGAAGGGUCGAAUGUCCUAAUUCCUGAAAAACUAUCUACUCCGUGCUGGAAUGGAAACAACCACGAAAUAAAGUUUAGCUCAUCGCGCUAAAACGCCUCUCCGAUCGAUCGUUUCCCGAGAUCAGGUACAAACCACAUACGUAGUAGGUAGUACACAUCCUUUUUAAUUUUCUUUCUUUCUAUGUCCUGAUCCAAUCGCAAGAGAAGAGUCUAUCUAUUUAUCUAUCUGUCUAGUUAUACACUUAUAGUGUUAUAGGUUACAUA